AUGUCGAAACUUAACCCUCUCCACUGGUCGCGGAAAUGGCAAAUCAUCGGCGGUCUCGGAGCCACGGCUGUCAUCGUCGCAGUGAUAGUGGGUGCCGUCGUAGGCACAGAAGACUCAGGCUCCAGCUCGUACCCCGAUUACACCUCGUUAAAUUACACAAUAUCCGAGCGCAUGAACGGAACGACUUUCUUCGACCACUUCGACUACUACGACCAAGCUGAUCCGAGUAGCGGUUCGGUCGUUUAUCUUUCUCAAGAAUCGGCGGCCUACAGUAAUCUUACAUACGCUGGCGCGUCGUCGGCUAUCCUCAGAGUCGACAGUACGAACUCGGGUACUACAGACAGAAACUCUGUGCGCAUUACGUCCAAGAACCAAUGGGAUACUGGACUAUUUGUGUUCGAUGUCAUUCAUUCUCCAUACGGCUGCGGUACAUGGCCUGCUGUGUGGCUGUCCGAUCCCAACAACUGGCCUGAACAUGGAGAGAUCGAUGUUAUCGAAGCUGUUGAGCAAGGAAACAAGGGAAAUCAGAUGACAUUGCACACCUCCAAGGGCUGCACAAUGAAGACGAAGCGUGAAGAGACUGGCACAGUGUCUGGCACAAAUUGCUGGAAUUCGACAAACGAAAACGAAGGAUGUGGAGUUUUUGGUCCCAAGAGCAGUUACGGAGCAGCCUUGAAUGAGGCAGNNCUUUUUGCGAUGGAACUUCGCGAUGCAGGUAUUCGCAUGUGGACUUUCAGCCGCUCAGAUCCACCCUCAGACCUUCUCUCCACCAAUGAUUCCUCCCCUGACCCAUCACAAUGGGGCACUCCUGUCGCCGACUUCCCCAGCACCGAUUGCGACAUCUCUUCUCAUUUCAAAAAUCAGUCUAUCAUCGCAAACAUCGACCUAUGCGGUAGUUGGGCAGGUGCAACCAGUGUAUAUUCGACAGAAUACGGCUGUCCGGGCACUUGUGCGGAUCUCGUCAAGAACAACGCUACUGCAUUUGAGAAUGCGUAUUGGGAGUUUGGAAGCUUCAGAGUAUGGACGGCUUCAUAG